CAUUAUUCUCAUGUGCCGACGCUACGUUUUUACCCCACAGGUCAAGCUAAUUAUAAUGUUCAGCUACUCUUGAUCAUUUUUCGUGGCCGAUUUGUUUUUUCGUGUUGUCGCUCCCUCCUGCGAUGGCUGAAAUCCUGAUGUGUGAGCCGUUUGAGCUCUACAAUCUCCUCAGCCAGCGCAGGUGCGUGUCAAGGCUGGCAGAGAUCAACUACCUCUGUUUGAUUGAUGCUCGUGAAACCCAAGAUUACAACGGGGGUCACAUCAUAACAGCCAAAAAUGUCAAAAUGGAUUCAGACGGCAAAUUCCCGCUGCCAGUGGCUGUGGAGGUUGACAGUGUGCAGCACGUGGCCGUCUAUGACAGCGACACUAGCUGUUUGCAGGAACAAGGCAGAGCAGUCGCAUGUGCCCAGGCCCUGGCUAAGGCUAGCCUCUACCCGGUCCACAUAGUGAGAGGAGGCUUUCAGAGGUUCUCAGCUCUGUACCCUUUCUUAAGCACCGAGAAAGUUACGUACACCAUCACGGAGCUGGAAAACCUGAAGAUUUAUCCAGUGGAGAUCAUAGCAGGACUGCUGUAUAUGGGGGACCAGAAACAAGGCAUGGACUCCGGUGUCCUCAGCCAGCUGAAAAUCAGCGCUGUCAUCAGCACCUCACACACUGACACUCUGGAAUCUAGGCCCAUAAAGGGGAAUCAGACCGUCCUUAACAUCCCUGUGGCUGACACAGUGGUGUCUGAUUUACAUUCAAGUUUCGAAAGGAUUUGUAGUUUUAUCGGGUCACACAUCAACAUGGGCUCUCGUGUCCUGAUAGUUUCCCGUCAGGGCAGAAGCCGCUGCAGUGCUCUAACCAUUGCCUUUCUCAUGCACCACCUCAAGUACACACUGGAGGCAAGUGGGGAGGCCUGGAAGUACAUGCUCAAAUGUAAACCCAACAUGAGGCCUAACAUGGGGUUUCUGCAGCAGCUGUCUGACUGGGAGCUUCACACCAUGGGAACAAAAGUGACUGAUAUCUCUGAACCUUAUUUUUAACAAAGUU